GGGGCCUCGAGAGGGUGAAAGGAGGGAGGAGAAGGGCGGGGCACGGAGGCCCCAGCAAGGGACGAGACUCCAACUCUGACUUUUUCUGCCGCUCUCGGAGUCUGGACCCAGCCCCCUUCUCCACCAGGAUUGGAGCAUCUCACCCGCCCCUGUGCCAACCCUUGAAACAACAACUUCCGGACCCCCCCCCCCCCGCCCCAGACCCGGCUUCCACUGCAGCCAUGUCUCUCCUCCUGCUGGUGGUCUCUGCCCUUCACAUCCUCAUUCUCAUCCUGCUUUUUGUGGCCACUUUGGACAAGUCCUGGUGGACCCUCCUGGGGAAGGAGUCCCUGAAUCUCUGGUAUGACUGCACGUGGAACAAUGACAACAAAACGUGGGCCUGCAGUAACGUCAGCGAGAAUGGCUGGCUGAAGGCGGUUCAGGUCCUCAUGGUGCUUUCCCUCAUCCUCUGCUGCCUGUCCUUCAUCCUGUUCAUGUUCCAGCUCUACACCAUGCGGCGAGGCGGGCUCUUCUAUGCCACUGGCCUCUGCCAGCUUUGCACCAGCGUGGCGGUGUUUACUGGAGCGCUGAUCUACGCCAUUCACGCGGAGGAGAUCCUGGCGGAACGGCUGCCCGGGGGCAGCUUCGGUUACUGCUUCGCCCUGGCUUGGGUGGCCUUCCCCCUCGCCCUGGCCAGCGGCGUCAUCUACAUCCACCUGCGGAAGCGGGAGUGAGGGCCCCGCGUCGCCCUGCCGCCUCUGCCGGUGCCCGGCCCCUCCGUCUCAGCCCCAAAGCCCCCGCCCCCGGCCUCCUCCAGAAAAUAAAACCGUUUAACCUCUU